CCGCGCAGAUCCUCUCCUCAGUAGUUGCCCAGACGCUGUCACGGGCGUAGCUGGAUGCUGGAUCGUCUCUCUCUCUCGCGCGCGCGCGUGCCGCAGGGAGGCGCUUCCUUUUCUUCUUCCUCUUCCUCCUAAUCACGUCUCGCGUCGCCCUCGCCAUCGGCGACGUCGCCGUUGCCGUCGCCGUCAUCAUCGUCAUCCCCGUCGUCGUUCCCGAUCGCGGCGUCUCGCGCUCAUUGACACGGCCCCCGAUCGUCGCCCCCGAGAACAAGGAGAAGGUGCUGUCGAAAAGGGAGGCCGACGACAACGACGACGACGACGAAGGAUUUCUCCUGCCGGCGUGACCGAGGAGGAGGGGGGGAGAGAGAGAGAGAGACAGGCAGACAGAUAGAGAUAGAUCGAGAUAGAAAGAGGGAGAGAGAAACGGACAGGUGGACCAAGAUAGAAAGGGGAGAAAGGUAGACGGAAGGAACGAGGAAUAUAGAACGAGAUAGAGAGCGACCAACCGGCGGAGAGAGGUGUUGCUCAAGUAGUGCUCUGUGUAUGGUGCAGUGCGGUGCUGUGCUCGAGAGAGAGAGAGAUAGAGAGAGAGAGAGAGAGAGAGAGAGAGCAAGAAAAAGAGAGAGAGAGAAAGAGAGAAAGAGAAUGGCGUGGACGGAUUUCGCGUGUAUCUCGCCGUGACGUAGGAAGUCGGCUCUGAAAGCGUAGGGUGCUAAGCCGAGGAAUGGAGGGAACGUGGCAGUGGGAGCAGCGAAAGCACUGCCAUAUCAUUCUGCUCAACUCUUCGUACCUAAAGGAGAACCCGGAACAGGUUGCUGCUUUGAUAGGACAAGUGGACGCGACAGUUUCAGAUGAACGAAAACGACUGCACGAUUGCUACAGCAAAGAAGCAAAUAUCUUGAAGACAAGAGCCCGCGUGCCAAGUCUGUAGCGUUCGAUAAGGAAGAGAGGGCCCCCGUCAAGUACUUUAGAAGGAGAAAAGAGAAGGGGUCGUCAUGGGCCCUACAACGCAAAUCGUAUCUCACUGAGCGAUGCAAGUAAUUAGGGCCGGGGCCCUGCUAGUGAGCAUGUGGCUCACUAGAGAAUGAAGAAGCAAAACGUCCGGACUUUAUCAUUAAUCGUCUUCACGCUUACUUACCUCCUCGUUGGUGCUGCAAUCUUCGACGUGCUCGAGUCCGAGACGGAGAAAUCACGCAAAGAAAUGCUAGAGGACAUUGAGAAAAUAAUCAUAGAAAAGUACAAUAUAAGCGAGGACGACUACAAGAUCAUGGAAACAGUGGUGCUGAAGACAGAACCUCACAAAGCUGGCCAACAGUGGAAGUUCGCCGGCGCGUUUUAUUACGCCACAACGGUCCUCACCACGAUAGGUUACGGACAUUCAACGCCAAAUACUAUAUACGGCAAAUUGUUCACGAUGUGCUACGCGAUCAUCGGUAUCCCGUUAGGACUCGUGAUGUUCCAGAGUAUAGGAGAACGCGUGAACAAGUUUUCGUCUGUUGUCAUACGGAACGUAAAGAUUCUUCUCAACUGUAGGGAAGUCCAGGCCUCGGAGAUAAAUCUCAUCUGCGUGGUAACGACGUUGUCGUGCCUGACCAUCUGCGGCGGCGCCGCCGCAUUCUCUAGGUAUGAAGGAUGGACCUACUUCGAUUCGAUUUACUAUUGCUUCAUCACUCUGACGACAAUCGGUUUUGGCGACAUGGUCGCCCUUCAAAAGGACAACGCGCUCAACGAUAAGCCCGAAUAUGUGAUGUUCGCCCUAAUAUUUAUUCUCUUCGGUUUGGCGAUCGUGGCGGCCUCGCUUAAUUUGCUGGUUUUGAGAUUCGUUACUAUGAACACGGAGGAUGAAAGACGGGACGAAGCCGAAGCGUUACAGGCGGCCCAGGGUGCGGUGCGUCUCGAGGGCGACGUUAUAACGGCGAACGGCUCGAUAUUGUCCGGCCAAAUCGGCAAUCACGGAAACGCGAUGUCGUUGGACGACGAGGCGUCGGUAUGCAGCUGCCGCUGCAGUGGCUUCCAGAGGAAGCGGCGGAGACCGCGUUUCACGGUGCGCCGCUCACCAGGCAAAAUUUCGCACUUGCUGCCGAUGCAACAGCUGUCGAUGUCGAGUGUGCAGGACGACGAACCGGGGCAGCCGCCACUCGUUCCGUUCCUGCCAUUGUAUCAGCACCGCGCCAGCAUUUGACGUUGCUCCGCUGCAAGGAGCGUGAUGCUCCUUGAUGAACAGCAGCAACAUCACUACCAGGAACAGCCGCGGCGGGUAUCCGUCUGAGAGGAGCGUGUGCCUCUGCCCGGCAGCCGGCGACUUCAACGAAUUUCAAUCAUCGUCAGAACGAUUCAUCAUCGCCACGAAUUCUCUUUUUCUCGCUCUUUCUCUUUAUCUCUCCUUCUCUUCCUCUCUCUCUCUCUCUCUCUCUUUCUCUUUCUCUCUCUCUCUUCUCCUCUCUCUCCCUUUUUCGCGUUCCGCUCUCGAGCGAGAGUAAGAUUUCGUACAGAUAAUCGAGAGAUUGGAUCGAUUAGAAAUUGAAUCGCUGGAACUGUUUAAUUCGGAUCGUGACCGAGAUAACGACGGCGCCGGAUGCUUCUUCUCAACGGAAACGUUUUGUCGUUUCGCAACGUGCGGAUACGUAUAAUUAAUAGCCGCGCGGUACAUAUAAUUCUUCUUUCCAUUCGCAAUACGCCCGCUAUCGUCCGAGUUUAAUUCACGUUCGCCGAGAAUAUUAGAAUACUCGAUGUGCAAUGAAUGAAUACGUCUGGAUACGUCUGUGCCAUCAUCGAGUGAGAAAUGUGAAUUCGACGAGUGAGAAAGCGAGAAUCGGCCCUCGAAAUGCCGAGAUGAGGCUUUCUGUUUUAGCGCUCUAGAUAAAUGGUCGUUCACUGGCAUCGUUAAGUGCGACGUGCGAUAAAAUUCUAUACGUAUGAUAAGUCUGUAGCGAUGUAGGUUACUUUUAGUCUAUAUAUAGUUACCUUCCAUCCUUUGUGACCAAAAUUAUUAUAUCUAUUACAUUUUCUUCGCGCGCGAAAGGAUAUUACAUGUUUUCUCAAUAAAAAUUCAGUCGAUUUUAUGAAUCUCAAGUGUAUAAAUAUUAGAGUCCACAUUUGGAAUAUCAGCUACCAAUUUAGAAUAAUCCUUGCUCUUGCUUUAUGAUAUUCUCAUAUUUAUUCCUUAUUUAUGCCUCCUUAUGAUACAAUAGAAAUACGGAAUCACGUCGCAGCGGCGAUUAUACGGUGAACUGACCUUGAAAAGAUGUGAGUAAAAAGGCUGUGCGGGGUAAUUAUGUAUCUUGCGACCGAGAGUACUUGCGAAGACACGAAAAACGUUUGCGUGGGAAGAACGGAAGGGAGCGUAUGCGAAAGGGGUACAAAUGUCAGUGAGUGAGUGCGAGCGUGCAUGGGAAUAUCGUUUGUGUGCAAAUAUAUUAGAAUGCGUAAAAGAAAAAAAACAAUGUGAAUGUCAAAUAUACGUUCACGUUCCGUGGUGUAUGUGGGAGAGAGAGAGAGAAAAAUAUUUAAAAGAAAAUAUAAAUACACACCAAAGAAAGAGAUAUACACAGACACAACUUUUUCAUUAAGAAGACAUUUUACAAUUUGUAUAUAAUAUAAAGUAUGAAAAGAAAGAAAAUUAUGACUUUAGGUAUACGACACACAAGGGCGUUCCGAUCUUACAGAGAUACACUAUGUAAUAUACAUAUUUGUAAGAUACAUCACGAUUAUUAUAAAGCGACUUCGCUAAUACGUGAUAUAUAAAUAUAUACAUAUAUAUUCAUAUAUGUAUAUACAUAUAUACAUAUAUAAUAUCCCAAAAAUUUCAAUUUUUCAUCUAUUAUUAUUUAAGUGCAGAUCGAGAUUAUCGAGGUGGCUACGGUCGCAUAGAUUUGUAGAAUUCAGUAGAUUGCCGUAGGUCUCCUAAAACAUACAAACGGGCGCUCAGCCAUUGACACGAAUACGGAGAGAGACAAAUGUGCGCACGGAGAAAAAAAAACUUUUACGCGAAUUUACUCUCUCCCGAAUUUGAUCGUUUACAGUCUACCUACGAAGAGUCAAUCCAUCGAAACACGAGACAAGUACAUAUUCCCGGUAGAUGCGUUAUCAUACUAUAGGAUGAACACGAGCGGAACAAUUCUCUUGCCUUUUAUCGAGAAAUAGAAUCUACUCGUAUAUUUUUAAGAUAUACUGGAUUGCAUGUGUGCGAGUAGAAAACGUUUCUUUAUCCGAUCGAAUGGUCUAUACAGGAAAAACGCCGACCGGUACGGCAGUUCUCUCGUAGACAAUAACUGUGUUCAGCAGAAAAAGUAGCUUCGCAAUUGUCGUAAAAUUCUUUAAUAUGAUUGGUUUACGCUGAUCCAGUAGGAACUAAGAGGCAAGAAUUAAUCGUAUUAAAGAAUCUUUCAAUAGUUGCAAAAUUGCCUUUUCUGCUAAACGCAGCGAUUGUCUUGUUAUUUAAAUUGUACAUUCAUGAGACGUUUUCAUUAUGGUGUACAAUCAGAAUUUUCCAAAAACCAAACACUUUUUAAUCAUACACUAACAAUUCGAGGAUACUGAUAUAUCUCGUGACCAAAUGUAAUUUAUAUGUAAUACUAUACGUAUGACCAUUUCAGAUUAAUGAAAGGCUGCGGCGCGCGAUCUUGUCCGUAGUUUUACCAUUUCUUAGUAAUGCAUAUAUAUACAUUAGAUGCUUAUUUGAAACUCUUAACGUAAAGAAACAUGAAAAAAAUGUUUUUUUUUUAUGAGAACAAGCGUGAUUGUCGAAACAGCCGUACUUGUCGACCGUUUAUCAGUUACGCCAUUUCACUUAUGAAUAUCUUACUCUACAAAAAGAAAGAAGAUAAGAACUGCUAGAAUUUACUCUCGUUCAUUACCAUUAAUUAUGGCGAAUUAAAUCUGUAAUAUAUUAUAGGUAGUAACAAAAAAAGUAACGCGAUCGCGUAGAUCGUACAAGAUUUUUAUGAGAUAAGGAGGAUAAAUAAAAAAAGACAAACUUAACGAAGAUAAACUAAGUGAAUGCGUAAUUAGCCAUGCAUCUUGUAUUAAUCAAUAGUCGAUGUAAUGUUUAUUUUAUUCGUAUUCUAUUUGACGCAUCAUUUCAACUCGUUUGAGCUAAAUAACAGUAACGAUUACGAGGCUUUUCGAUAUGACACGUAGAUAUUUUACCGUUUGGAACGAUCGACAGUUACCCAUUUGUUCUUGAACUCCGUAGUUUAUUAUCUAGUUCAUUAUCUAUCUUUGCUAGAGUCUUCACGUAAAUAAAGUUUUGAAUAAUCGGAUAUACAAUUUUUUUAAUUCUCAGGUGAACGGUCAUAGCGUUUUAAGAUAAUACAAGAAUUAUAUACACUUUCAUAUAAUAUUUUAUAUUUAUUGUAACAUUCUAUAAAAAAAAAAAGUAAGAAGUUGAGCUUACAAAGUCGAGGUUAUAGAAUUUAGCUGCAAAAAUGAUUUUUCGUUUGCUUUCAUCUCAAAAUUAUCUUGAAUUAUUAAGUAGGCGAUUAAAAAUUGUCAUUGUCAAAAUGCAAAAUAUAACUUAUUUUAAGGAUAAAACAACACACAUGAUUUCAUUUGUAAUAAUCACGUGAUUAAUCUAGCAUAAUUUUAAUGAUCGACGAAGUUAUUUCUCUCGAAAUGUGCUUGUCGAAAGUUUGACGUCUAAAAGAAUAUGAUUUCGCUAAGAAUAUUUUCUUUAUGGCUAUCCAUCUAAACGUUUCGCGAAACAGUGAACGUUGAAUGGAAUGUGUUCACAUCGAUUUAGCUAAAAUGCAGAAUGAAAUGAUGUAUUGUUCAACGUGAAUGCAACGUUCGAAAGGAAAAAUACAGAAAUCUAAGUAAAGUCACUGUAAUUAUACCGCAGUGCCAUAAUUUCCUGACGUACGUUUAAAUUGCUAUUACUUGUAUUAUUUUGAUAUAAAAAAAUAUGAAAAUGAUAAUAAAAUAUAUUUAAACAAUUUUGUUCUGAGUAAAAGACAUUUGUUGUAGUAUAUCUCUUUUAAAUGCCGACAAACAAUUUAUAAUACUACAGAAUAACAUGGCAAAUAGUUCAUAAACUUAUAGGAUAGUGCAUCUACAUGCAACUUCCCUAUUUUUGUGAAGAGAUUAGUCUUGAUUGACACGUCGUACUGUAAAAAUAAAGCCAGAAAAUAAUUUCAUGCAUUAUUAUAAUAUAAAUGGCCAUAAAAUUAAAUAUGAAGUUUCUAUCGAUAAUUGUAAAUUGUGAAAGCGUGGCGCUGUUUCGUCACUAAAGAAUUUUUAUUAAUUAUAUAUAUAUAUAUACAUAUAUAUAUAUAAUGUUGUAAUAUAGUUUCUGUCUAAGUCUUGGUUGGGACGCUUUGCUUCGCAUCUAAUUUGACAAUCUUCAUUUGACAUUAUUUAACGUUGAUUACUCGUAAUUUAUAAUUAUCGAGUAUUUUGAUUGACCAUUUAUGGUUUUCAACUAUAGUGCAAUUCUUAGAGAAAUAAAAGUUGCAUUUUAUCAUUGACGUCCCAAAGAUUCGAAGAAAAGAGUCGAGAAGAAUCGAAUGGUAGCAUGGAACGUUGUCGAAGUAGAUCGAAGUAUACGUAACACUUUUUACGUACGAGAGGAUACUGUACGGUAUAGAGUGAGACAUACGCUUUGUUGAAAUCGCUGUAGGAUUAUGUUCACUUCCAAGCCUUUUCCACUUGAUGUUUUAUCGUUCAGCUAAACGAGUCCCAUCGAUACGGCGUAUCAAUGCGAGGUGUGUUUCUAGAUAUGCUAAAACUAUCAACGAUUCUUCGACCAACGCUAGCUUAGUUAAUCCUGACGGGUUGACGAUAUGAGAUCAUUUUUCAGGCUAUAGUCUAGUUAAUUAGAACUUAAUAAGAUGAUGUCUGAGACAACUUCUUGCAUAUAAUUGCGCGUCUUUCACACGACCAAUGUUUUUAAUUUAAAGAGGACUCGGCAGUGUCAUCUCUGCUUCACGAUAAUCGUGAACAAGACUAAUUGCACGCAGGAAAAUACACAAUAGGAGACUCCUUCGUUCUCGAUAAACGCAAGAACGUUUGGUUUAGACAUUACGCUUGUUCGAUCGGUUCUAUUAGGUAGACUACAGUCUUUAGCUUAGAAAUUGGUUUGAAAAAGUUUUUUCGAACGAUACAUCAGCGGCCUUCCAAAUUCUAGGACAUCUGAAGUUAAAAGAACGUCUCAAAGCGCCUGCAAAGCGUUAAUAAAAAAAAUUAAAAAAAGAGAGAAAAAGAAAACUUAAAGUAUUCUUGAUGACAAGUAAUCAUUUUAUUGAUCUAGAUUUAGAUAUAAUUUAUUACCUUCACAUUGUAAUUCACGUAGGUUUUAGCCAAGCGGAACAACGAGUCACAAUAACAUUAAAAUGACAUCAAAGUAAAUCGAAAAUUAAAUAUACAAAAAUUUAAUAAUCAUUUUGCAGCCUUCUUAAUGUCAUUUUGAUGCUGUGAUGACUCCUUAUUCUGCUUGGGAACUGAUGAUGUAGAUUUACGAUAUCUCGUUAACGCGAUACGAGCCUUCGACGCGUUCUUUUAAUUUAGAUCUCCGGAAAAAAAUCCAGAGAGGAACAACAGUACAGGCAAGUGCCAGGCGCAAAUUCACCGUGCUCUGCGCACACGUGCACGCAGAUGUGCACGCGCGGAACAUUCAGCUGAACGCAUUCGCGGAUCUGAAGAAAGAUUUAAAACUCGUGCAUUUUUAACUUUGUAUUUAAGUAGGUGACGGGCACGAGGAAGAGUCUGCUAUUAUUGUAAUAUUACCUUACACAAAUAUAAACAAUAAUAGCUUAUAAUAGCUGUAAAUUUACAUUACGAAGUAACCGAAGAGGAUAUGAAAUUUAAAACGAAAAAAAAAAAAAAAAAAAAAAAUUAAAAAAUUCACGCAAUUUUUGCUAUUAUUGUUAUAACGUAAAGUAUAUAGUUAUGGAUUUGAAAAAUGAAUUAAUCAAUUAAUUAAUCAACUACAAGCAUCGAAGUAAUGCAAUUUUGUCGUGAUCUUAAUCGAUUUACUGAUUGCGCGAUUCUCAAGUUGCUGGGAAAAAAAAGGAGUAAGAAGUUUGUAAAAUAAAUACGCGGAUGUUGUAUUCGGAUAUUGUAUCUUUAAAAUUCAUAAAAAUUCAUUCUUCCAUUAAUCUACUUAUAACUUUAUUCGCUGCAACUUCCAAUAACAAUGGAACUUAAAACGAUCUCAUCGAUGAGAUUGCGUUUAAUAAAAUUAAUUCGAACGGCUUAUUCAAUAAGUAAAACGAUCGAUUUGCUAUUUCUCUCAAAAACCAAUAAACAUUUUUGACAAAUAAAAUAUACGAUUUUGUUACCAAAACGAAAUCGGAAAGAAUUGACUAAAUCUGUUUUGACAGAAAGUAGCUGACUUUCAGUGUUUUCGAUACAUAUGAAAAUUAUUGUUCGCGAUAUUAAUAGCAAUAUUGUAAGACGCAGAACAAGAUUUGCACAAUGUUCCUCGACUAAUUAUGACUAAAAAUUUCGACGAAAAAAGAAACGUAGGAAAGGUGACUACAUAUCUCUUGUUUUCGUGUAUUAUACAUAGCAUACCCUUCAAGGGCCUUUGAAAAGCUACUCGAGAUUAACAAUUGACGUUUAAAAGUUUCAAGGAGAGUACGAACAAAGUAAGUGGGCGAAAAUAAUUCAAGAUAAGAGGGAGUGAUCGGAAUCGGUUCUCAAAUCCCCUGCCUGCACACACCGCCAUGUGUAAUGACAUUUAAGUGGAUCGUAAUUUGUAAAUUAUUAUGGACUUCCUAUUAUAUGCUGGUAUAUAAUGAUACAUGUGCUCUGCCACAAUAAAGCAGUUUUUUUUAUCUA